CGGCGCGGAGCUUGCGAGAGGCCCGGAGAUAAAGCUGGAGGGCAGGAAUUACUGGGGGGGGCGCGGGCCGGGAGGAGGGGCCGGGAGCGAGCCCGCGGCCGGGGAGGCGAGCGGGCGGGAGCCGGUGUGCGGAGGCGGGCGCGAGGAGGCAGCGCGGCGGCGGCCGGCUCGGGCCCAGCGCGGGCGGACAGCAUGCUGAGCCUCCUCUUCUGGGUCCUCACUCUCCCCGACACUUUCUCUCGAGCAGGGCUUUAGGAAUGCCUCUGGAGAGCAAUAGCACACACCCAGUGACCUGCCAAUCAAGCCUGCUCCCGGACAAGCCCUGGUUUCUGAGCCAGAAGAUGUGGGCUCCACACUUAGUCCUUGCGUAUCUUAUCUUUGUGACUUUGGCUUUGGCUCUGCCUGGGACCCAGACCCGCUUCAGCCAGGAGCCAUCGGAUCAGACGGUGGUGGCUGGGCAGCGGGCUGUCCUCCACUGUGUGCUCCUCAACUACUCUGGGAUUGUGCAAUGGACCAAGGACGGGCUGGCUCUAGGCAUGGGCCAGGGCCUCAAAGCCUGGCCACGGUACCGGGUCGUGGGCUCUGCGGAUGCCGGGCAGUACAACCUGGAGAUCACAGAUGCCGAGCUCUCUGAUGACGCCUCCUACGAGUGCCAGGCCACCGAGGCUGCUCUGCGCUCCCGGAGGGCCAAACUCACCGUGCUCAUUCCUCCAGAGGACACAAGGAUUGACGGGGCCCCCGUGAUUCUGCUGCAGGCGGGCACCCCCCACAACCUCACGUGCCGAGCCUUUAACGCCAAGCCUGCUGCCACCAUCGUCUGGUUCCGGGAUGGGAGCCAGCAGGAGGGGGCUGUGGCCAGCACGGAACUGCUGAAGGACGGUAAGCGGGAGACUACGAUCAGCCAGCUGCUCAUUCACCCCACGGACCUAGACAUCGGGCGGGUGUUCACCUGCCGCAGCAUGAACGAGGCCAUCCCCAACGGCAAGGAGACGUCCAUCGAGCUGGAUGUGCACCACCCCCCUACAGUGACUCUGUCCAUUGAACCCCAGACGGUGCAGGAGGGCGAGCGCGUCGUCUUCACGUGCCAGGCCACGGCCAACCCUGAGAUCCUGGGCUACAGGUGGGCCAAAGGGGGGUUCUUGAUUGAGGACGCCCACGAGAGUCGCUACGAGACGAACGUCGACUACUCCUUCUUCACGGAGCCGGUGUCUUGUGAGGUUCACAACAGAGUGGGGAGCACCAACGUCAGCACUCUGGUGAACGUUCACUUUGCCCCCCGGAUUGUAGUGGACCCGAAGCCUACAACCACAGACAUUGGAUCUGAUGUGACCCUCACCUGUGUCUGGGUCGGGAACCCCCCCCUCACCCUCACCUGGACCAAGAAGGACUCAAACAUGGGGCCCAGGCUUCCUGGCUCCCCACCCGAGGCUAAUCUCUCUGCCCAGGUCCUGAGUAACAGCAAUCAGCUGUUGCUGAAGUCAGUGACCCAGGCAGAUGCUGGCACCUACACCUGCCGGGCCAUCGUGCCUCGGAUCGGAGUGGCUGAGCGCGAGGUUCCGCUGUAUGUGAAUGGACCCCCGAUCAUCUCCAGCGAGGCGGUGCAGUUUGCUGUGAGAGGGGAUGGAGGCAAGGUGGAGUGCUUCAUCGGCAGUACCCCACCUCCAGACCGGAUCGCAUGGGCGUGGAAGGAGAACUUCCUGGAGGUGGGGACCCUGGAGAGGUACACGGUGGAGAGGACUAAUUCAGGCAGCGGCGUGCUGUCCACCCUCACCAUCAGCAACGUCAUGGAGGCCGACUUCCAGACGCACUACAACUGCACUGCCUGGAACAGCUUCGGGCCAGGCACGGCCAUCAUCCAGCUGGAGGAGAGAGAGGUGGUACCUGUGGGCAUCAUUGCUGGGGCCACCAUCGGAGCUGGCAUCCUGGUUAUCUUCUUCUUUGUCACCUUGGUGUUCUUCCUCUACCGACGUCGCAAAGGCAGUCGAAAGGACGUGACCUUGAGGAAGCUGGACAUCAAGGUGGAGACGGUGAACCGGGAGCCGCUCACGAUGCACUCUGACCGAGAGGACGACACCGCUAGCAUCUCCACGGCCACUCGGGUCAUGAAGACCAUCUACUCGUCCUUUAAGGAUGACUCGGAUCUGAAGCAGGACCUGCGCUGUGACACCAUCGACACCCGGGAAGAGUAUGAGAUGAAGGACCCCACCAAUGGCUACUACAAUGUGCGCGCUCACGAAGACCGCCCAUCCUCCAGGGCCGUGCUCUACGCGGACUACCGAGCCCCCGGCCCCACCCGUUUUGACGGCCGCCCAGCAUCCCGUCUCUCCCAUUCCAGCGGCUAUGCCCAGCUCAACACGUACAGCCGGGCCCCCGCCUCUGACUAUGGCACAGAGCCCGCACCCUCUGGCCCCUCUGCUCCAGGUGGCACCGAUACAACCAGCCAGCUGUCCUACGAGAACUACGAGAAGUUUAACUCCCAUCCCUUUCCCGGGGCAGCUGGGUAUCCGACCUACCGCCUAGGCUACCCCCAGGCCCCGCCCUCUGGCCUAGAGAGGACCCCCUAUGAAGCCUACGACCCCAUCGGCAAGUACGCCACGGCCACGCGGUUCUCCUACACCUCCCAGCACUCGGACUACGGCCAGCGCUUCCAGCAGCGCAUGCAGACUCACGUGUAGGCGCUGGGCCCCGGGAUCUCUGCGGGCCAGCGGAGAAGGCAUUCCACUGCUCCCUGACAUUCAGGGACAUUGCUCACUGCGCCUUUCUUGGACCCAGCCUUCCUUCUCCUGCCGUCACAAAUAAGGAGCGGGUCUCCCAGGAACACCCCAUCCCAAGGAUGGCGCUCUGUGCAUGCCCCAUCCCCGGGCCUGCCCUUUCCUCCUUCAGGAGGAUGUCUUUUCUGACCUUUGUUCUUACCUGCCCCAAGCAUGGGGACAGGAAGGUGGAGGUUGGGGUGAGGGGAGGGUGGGAGAGGAGAGGAGAAGGGCAUAUUUUAUUGGUUCCUUUCUGUCCUGCUCCUCUGGUCUCCCAUAGUGGGUUGGAGAUACGCUGAGAUGGGCAGGCUUUGGCCUAGGUGGCUGCAGUCCAAGCAGCUGGAAUGCGGGACAGCCCACCAGUCCCCGGCUUGAGUUAUUUACACCUUGUGUUCAUCUUCCCAUCUCAGGAGAUUACAGGUGGGACAGUGAGUUCAAAUCCAGCCCUUGGUCAGUUGGGGUCAAAAAUGCCAGUCACCCUGGCUGCUACUACGGCUCUCUGUGACAAGGGCUCCAGAAUUCCUUCUCAGCUUUGUGCUGGGCCAGCUGUGUCCCCAGUGUGAGUGAAGAGUGGUUGACCAGCAAGGGGCUGCUGUGUACUGCAUGGCAGUUCCCAGACCCAACACUAGUGGGAGCCACACAAGCGUCCUUCUGUGUAUUCUCUGCCCCACUUGGUGGCGUUAACCCUUGCAGCUGGGUGGGGUAGAGACUGCUCUUCAUGGGGCUAUUUUUCACAGGCAAUAAAAACCUCAGUUAGAAAGAAAAGCUGUAGGGGCGUCCCCCACUAUAUACAAGUCCCUGUGGAGAGGGAAGGGGCCUGUCCUCCAGGCUCCUAAUACCUUGCAUUAUUACCCGAGUCUCCAAGCACUUUGAAUCUAUUAUGUACGCCCAAAUGACGAGGCCUGCCCUGCGCGCUGGUGGAUUCCCACAGCGUUAGGCAGUGUCCGCGCCUCCAGUUCUAGCCCAUCUAACUCUUCACCCUAGCUGGAGACUGCCUGGAGCUGGCCAGUAGAUGCUAUAUCCAGACACAUUUCAGCCACCCUGUCCCCAUCAGUCAGAUUCCUUCUUCUGUGUUCAGUGCCUUGAGUGUCAGGUUUGUGGUGCUCCCCGUGUGGGGAGCAGGGAAGGUGUGGGCUUCAGAUUGUGCUGUUAGUGUCCCGGGAGAGGCCGAUGAGGGACGGGAAGCUUUGUAGUGCUCUAGAUGGAGACCUGAGUGCAGAACACUGUAGGCAUUGCAUUCCAUGGGCCGUGUCGCCUCCCACUCACAACACACACGACCACACACGUUCCACACCCGUCCCCGCUUCCACCUCUGACCAAAGAGAAUCUGUAACCUGGCUCAGCCUCGCCUUCCCAAGAGGCCGUCAGGGGCCUACCGUCCACCUCCCCACUGGGGCCCGCGUGAUGGGAGGCAGUAUUCCAGAGUACUCCUUGCCUUUUCUCAUUGGUCACCAUUCAUUAGUCAUGUUUACUUUAAUGAGCUACAUGUUCAUCAGCCACGGUCCAUCACUGAUCCAGAUGGGCCUGUGGAGUGACAUUCCCAGCUAGCUCCCUCCGAUGAGGACCAGGGAGGACCCGGGGAUCGGGGAGUUGCAUCUCCAGCCUGGCAGGCAGCCCCUGCUUCUCGCUGUAUCCGCACAGAGCGGGUGCUCACACUGCAGCUUCUUGUGGUGAUGAAAACAUGCAGGUUUUCAGUGGCCCCUGAGACCAUGGGUGACCCAAACACUUCUGGAGUCUAAACAGUGUCGUGUCAUUCUAGCAGCAGUACGCUCUAAAAUAGUCACUUUGGGGUUUGGCUUGAUUCGUUUAUUUCUCUCUGAUUGAAGUAGUAGGUCCUGCCUAUGGAAACAAGAGCAUCACUAAGGUCAAGCCCUGCAGGAGAAUUGUGGGUAGCAAGCACCAUGCGAGGCACAGGACGCAGCAGCUGAGACCCCACAGUGAGAAUCAGAGUUGGCCCCCGCUGAAAGAUCAGUGGAAUUCCUUAUGGGGGAGCUGAAGACCCCUUUGCUCCCCCAUUAGAAGCUAGAGUCUUCCAGCAUGUUGCUACUCGGUGGUCCUAGGCACCCCGAGUGUUGUUGCUUUAGUUGAAGGAAUAAGGAACUAGGAGUCAAGAGAUCCAGGGUUCCAUCCUGCAGCUUCCACUCUGAGUUACCGAGAUCUGACCUGUUUGUUUUCAUUGCCUCCAUCUUUUGGUCUGUGCCUAGAACUAUUCUGUAUGACCUGUGUUUGGCUGGGGAGGCUGACUUGGGGAUUGCCUGUUCCUUGUAAGACCUCAGGAGCAAUCAGCAAUGGAAGUGAGUCAUGGCCUGCUAGAAGGAGGCCACAUGAUCCUUGAUGUCCGUCACCCUACACCUGAGUAAAACAAACCUCUCGGCGUUGCUCUUCUCUUAGAGUCAGCAGGUUGCUGUGGUCAUGGGAGGGUGCGUUUGCUGUGGAUAGACUGCAGCACGUACGGGGAGAUAGGAAGGCCGCCUUCCGCUUAGUCUUCAGGAACAGGCUUCUGUCCCAGUGACAACUCCCUGUUUGCCAGGCAGGGUGAAGCCUGUGACCCCAGCAGUCUUAGACCAGAAACCAGGAGUAGGGGCAGCUGAGCCUCUAAUGUCGGCUGAAAGGGAAGCUGGGAGAGGGAGGAAGAGGUUGGUGGUUUUUAACUCUGCAUAUGGGAGAAGUUCUUGUGGCUGGAUAAGCCAGACCGUUUGUAGAGAGCCCAGCCUGCUGCGGGUCCUGCUUCCCCAAACCAACCACAGAGCGUGCAUGAGGCAAACACCUUAGGGGGAAAGGGAAGGAACCAGGGACGGGUGCAAUGUUCAGCUCUCCCAGAUGCCUGGGUUAAGAUGGAAGAGAUGAACUCAGCCAGCAUGAUUCUGGGUGAUACAGGGCAUGCUGGCACACCCCUCCUGUUAACAUAUGGAGCUCCUGGGCCCCUGAAGGUGGAGCUGCAUGGCCCUUUACAGCUGGCCCAUUAUAUGGCAAUGUUUAGGCGAUCGGGAUUUACAGAAACUCGGUUAAAGCCAAAGACCUUGAUUGGACACAUAAUGUCUGCUGAUGUGAUCACCUGCUCAUCUUGCUGUGAGUGCUUCUGCCCCUGGGGGUGAAUUUCAUGAGUUCCCAAAGCCACUGCAGGCUCGAGACACCUGGUCUCCCUCUCUGCCACUUCUGUGGACUCAGCCCAGGCAUACUCUACACCUAUAGAGCCUAGUGUCACAGGGCAGCCCAGCUGACCUGUGAAAGAACUAUAAAACUGUCACCUAAACAUAGCAUUCCCUUCUCCCUGCGGCUUCUCCCUGAAGACAGUGUGUUUUGGCUAACUGUCCACAGCUUGCCACUGACACCAGUGGGCAGCCGAGAGGACUGAAGAGCCUGGUUUGGGGGUGUGGAUUAGAGAGGAUACAGCAUUUCAUUUCCCUGCAGUGCUGUGAGGGAGCCCCUUUUCCGGAGGAAGAAACUUGCCCAGAACACAGGCCAUAGUAGGAAGCCCUGGUCAAACUCGCUCUUAACUCUGGUGAUAGCUUUGCGUGCACAGAGCUGCUCUUCCCGGUCCGCCCACUGCCCUGACUACUGGCCUUGGGGAAGCAGUAGCCAGGUUUUUCUGUUGGUUUCAGGGGCUGGCCAUCGCCCUGAGAACAGGACUUGGGAGGGAAGCAUUCAGUUUGUGGAUGCAAUCAAAUCCAUAGGCUCCUUAGCAAAGUGACCCACAAGGCCAAGCUGCCUCCUCUUAGCAGGGCACCCAGGUCCAGCUGUCCACCCCAGUCAUUCCUGGGAUCACCAGCUGCAUUUCUGAUGCCGGUUGAAUUUUCUCUACCAAAAUCCUCAUAAGUGGAUCCAUGGUGACAACUAAGACAAGAAAAAAAAAGUAUUUUUGUUAGGACAAACCAUCAUAGAUUUUUUAGCAAUGUGUAUCUGUGUGUCCUUUACACCUUUUCCUAUUCUGACAUUUUUUUCCUUUUUUUUUAAGAAAAAUAUUGUGUACUAUAUUUUUAGCCUCAAGCACACUAUAUAUUAUAUAUUUAAUUUUAUAUAUAUAUAUAAAUAUAAAUGUUUUAAAAAGUA